AUGACCAAAGUACUCACAGACUUCAAGCCCAGGGCUGGUCUCUUCGGCAGUGCCCGAGUUCUACUUAGCACAACAUUGCUCAAAGAAGACAAGAGCAGUUAUCACCACAGAGAUAUACGCAGAGCCACUACACGGGCCUCCCCAAUCAAGCAUCGCAUACCUUCAGGAACAUGGGACUCGCACAUGCACGUCGUUGACCCGCAGCGCUUCCCUGUCUCCCCCACCGCGGUGUACACGCCUUCAAAGCAUACGAUCGAAGAGGCCAUGGCAUUCGAAUCUUCUUUGGGGAUAGGAAAGAUCAUCCUAGUCCAGCCGUCAAUAUACGGAACGGACAAUUCCUGUCUUUUGGGGGCACUCCGACACGUGGGGCCGUCUCGCGGGCGUGCGGUUGUGGUGAUUGAUCCGGCAACAAUCGAUUCCCAGACACUCGCAGAUUGGCAUUCAAUGGGCGUACGGGGCGUGCGGUUGAACCUGAAAUCGGUCGACACGGUGCUUGAUGAACGUGACUUGGCAGAAGUGCUAUUGCAACAUGCGCAGGUCAUCCGGUCCCUCGGAUGGGUCAUCCAAGUCUACGUCUCGCUAGACAUGGUUCCGAUGCUUGAGAAGAUCGUCCCUCAGCUGGGCGUCAAGCUGUGCAUUGAUCAUUUUGGAAGCCCCGAUCUGACAAGAGCUGACAGCCCUCUGCAAGGUGCAUCGCCAUUCGAUCCAUACAGCCUGGCGGGGUUUUCGUCUUUGAUAUCUCUCCUUCAAGCGGGAGAGACAUACGUCAAAAUCUCCGCCCCGUACCGUCUCAGCAAGGACGGACAAUACCGCGAUCUGGAGGUAAUGGCGCGAGAAUUCCUGCGCGUGGCCCCGGAGCGAGUUCUCUAUGCAACCGACUGGCCCCAUACGCGCUUUGCUGGGACGGACAUUGAGCCAUUUACCGAAACGUGUCUGCGCCUGUGCGAAAGUGUGCCUGGACUGGCAGAUCGAGUAUUUCGGCGGAAUGCCGAAGAGAUGAUGGGGGAGGACGCAUGA